CCUCAUUUUCCCUUCCACACCAUUAACCAUAUGACCGAAAGGGACACCAUCCGUGGCGUGCCGCAUCUAUGAAUAAGAGGAAAAAAAACGGAGUCUACAUAACAAUCCGUUUUAAAAAAUAAAUACGUUGGCUCCAAUCUCUAACGAUGCAUGUCUACUUGUCCUAGUAAUCAUGAGCUCAUCCCAGGCGAUGACACCUGCGAACUCUACCCUCGGACCCUACUAUAACCGGUAACUCUCUCACUCCCCGCAUCGUCUCAUCCCCUAUUCUAGUAGUGAUCCCCGGCUUAACUCCUCUUAAUUCCCUUCCGAUGACCAAAACGGGAGCUCUUCACCUCCUCCUCCUAACCCUUCUCGUCCUCCCCGUCGUUGCCCGGGGCGCAGACUGCGAGUUCUCUGCCUCUGAGGAGGACCGCGACAAGGCUGCGGCCCGACCGCUGAAGAUUGGAGCCAUCUUCGCCAUUCUGGUCUCCAGCGCCACGGGAGUCAUUAUACCAAUCUUGGGCAAGUGGGUGCCGUCUCUCAGCGCAGAGAAGGACACCUUCUUCGUGAUCAAGGCAUUCGCCGCUGGCGUCAUCCUCGCCACUGCAUUCAUUCAUAUCCUCCCUGAGUCAUUCGAGCGCUUGACCUCCCCGUGCCUCGACGAGCAUCCAUGGCAGGAAUUCCCCUUUGCGGGGUUCAUAGCGAUGGUCUCGGCCAUCGCGACGUUGAUGGUGGAUACUGUGGCAACAAGCUAUUUCGGUCGGUCGAGCAUUAGGAAGGCAGAGAGGCCGGGGAUGGGGGACGCAGAGCAAGGAGGUGCUCCCCACGUCCACGUCCACGCCAUGCACGGUCAUGGCCAUGGGCCGGUCGCCUUGGUGGUGGACGGUGGCCGGGAUGAAAUCUCGCGACACCGCGUCAUCUCGCAGGUGUUGGAGUUGGGCAUUGUUGUCCAUUCGGUGAUAAUAGGAGUAACUUUGGGUACAUCAGAGAGUCCAUCUAGCAUAAGGUCACUUCUGGUUGCUUUAUGUUUUCAUCAGUUCUUCGAGGGCAUUGGCCUUGGUGGAUGCGUUGUUCAGGCAAAUUUUAGAGUUAGGUCAAUGGUGACAAUGAUGCUUUUCUUUGCCCUCACAACUCCUCUCGGGAUAGCAGUGGGCAUUGGAAUAUCGUCCACUUACAAUGAGAAUAGUCCAACUGCUCUCACUGUUGAAGGGGUACUCGAUUCUGCUGCAGCAGGAAUUCUAGUCUAUAUGUCUCUUGUUGAUCUCCUUGCUGAAGAUUUUAAGAACCCGAGGGUGCAGAGUAAUUGGAGGUUACAACUUGUGUUAAGUGCCUCCUUGCUUGUUGGAGCUGGUUUAAUGUCACUUCUUGCUAAAUGGGCUUAACAGGAUUUAUCAUAGGUCAAGCAAGUUGAAAUUUCUUUUUUUUUUUUUUUUGUUUGUCUUUCUCUUUUUUUUGCAUAUGUGCAUAUAUAGGUGCCCGGGUGUUCUUUCAAGGCUUUGCCGAAAUCAUAAAAUGUACUCCUUAAGAGUGGUUUUGUUCUUUCUUUUUUGUUCAUGUUGAGUCUUCUCUUGAAUUCAUAAAAAUGUUUGUAUUUGGUUUUGGUUUUUGGUGUUUUGUUUUCUUGAUGAGGAAAUAUUUUUUGAGGAUAAGCAAGAAAACUCUGUGAAUUUGAAAAAUUCAAUGCUCAAUGAAUAUUUAAGGCUAUU